AUGACUGCAGCUCGCACAGUGCUGGCUUUCCAGCAUGAUGCCAAUCUCCACACACUCCAAACUAGCGUGAUAUCGGUUUCAACGUUCAAUUCUCUGGAAGAAUCCAAGCGCCAGCUCUUCAAAGAUGCCGAUGAGAAGCAUCACGUCAUUGUCACCGAGCAAACCAUCUUCCACCCCCAAGGAGGUGGUCAGCCCUCGGAUACAGGCACACUGAAAGGCUCCUCGGGAAAUUUCGCUGUCACAGCUGUUCGUAUGGAUGGCACUGGACAAGUGCUCCACCUCGGCCUGUUUGACGAUGGCCCCUCAAUUUCCCCAGGUGAGACAAUUGAGCAAGCAAUCGACGUCGAAAAGCGCUUGCUAUACUCCCGUCUGCAUACCGCGGGCCAUGUGCUAGGCUCAGCCGUCCGACAUCUGUUGGAAAAGGAGAUCGAGAACUUUGACGAGUUGAAAGCCUCUCACUUCCCCGACUCAGCAGCUUGUGAGUUCCAAGGCUCCAUCGAAGGCAAAUGGAAGGAUCCAAUCCAGAAAAAGUUGGAUGAAUUCCUCGCUGCCAAAAUGCCAGUUCAAAUCGAGUGGUGGGGCGAAGAUGAUUUCCGCUCACGCGGACUCGAGCGAUUGAUUCCUGAUCGCAGCCUUGUGCCAGCUGGUGAAAAAUCUCGAGUUGUGAACAUUGUUGGCGCUGAAGUUUAUCCCUGUGGCGGGACACACGUUGAGACGACGGAUUUGUGUGGACCGGUCGCCGUGAAGAAGAUUUCCAGAAAAACCGGAAACUCUCGAGUCAGCUAUAUAGUGACUUGA